CACGAUUCUUACCAGAGCCUAGGAACAAAAGAAAUCACCUUCAACCUAAUUUAUAUACCACAGUCGAUCCCCUUACAGGAGGUCUGCGUUUCUGUCAGCUGUUUAGCUGCGGUUGGCUGUCUGUGGGAGCGUUGAAUGGGCCAUUCUCCUGACCACCAAUCACAGAGCACAGAUCACUUGAACCCUGACAAUAUGCCCAUCAACAUCACACCACCCCGAGGUUUUCUGGGACGAUGCUUCUCUUGGAAGGCUGGGACUCCCCCUAAAUGGCUUGUCAUAAUGGCAACCAUUGCACUAAACAUUGCAUUCGGCUUCUACCCAGUGAUCAUCAAGAUAUUUGCUGGUGGUCAAUCUACUCACCACAUCAAUCCCUUCGUGUUCACCUUAUAUAGAGGUCUUGGGGCAUUUCCAGUUCUGUUCCUAGCCUCGUACUUUGUUGAAGGUCAUUCCUAUUCCAGACCUGAGGAUGAGUGGGUGCUGUGUGCUCCGCGACCACUUGCUGUGUGAUAGCCGUCGUCCUGGUACUGUGUCAUGUGGUGUGUGCUCUGGUGAGCUUAUUCUUUCUCUUUCAGGUGUUUUUUGGACUGGGCUUGACUGGAAUAGCCGGAGGCCAAUUUCUCUACAUUACUGGAGCUUAUAUCCUUCCUGCUGAUAUCGCCAGUGCUUUUCAGCCCCUCAUUCCAGUUUGGACAACUUUGAUAGCCAUAGCCACAUGCACAGAGAAGAUGCCCUCACUAUGCAUGCUACACUCUUGGGCAAAGAUCAUUGGAGUCUUUGUUGCCACAGGAGGAGCAGUGAGGCUGGCACUAGCUGGGUACGAGCCAGAGGCUGAGCAAAUAGGUGUGCACGUGAGCAAGCAAGCAGUGGGUUACCUGUGUCUCGUCAUGGAGACCAUGUUGGGGGCUAUGUAUUACAUCAUACAGAAGAAAUUCGUGUACCAAGUUGAAGAUUGUAAGAUAUUUUCCACCAUAACGCCGUCAUUAAAUUCUCCCUCCAACACAGGUAAGUGGAAAGAGUACCCUAUGGCUAUGACUGGAUACGCAUAUCUUUUUGGAUGUGUGUACGAAGGUCUGUUCUGUCUCUACUUUGUUGUCACAGGGCAGUUUGACGCCUUCCAUCUGCCACGUCAGUCUGUUCCUGCGCUGGUGUAUGCUGUAUUCAUGACUUCAGCUUUCUGCUACUUCCUCAUCUCCUGGUCCAACAAGUACCUCCCCUCAAGCGUAAUGACAGCCUUCUGGCCCGUGCAGGUUGUCACCACAGCUGUGACUGCGUAUGUACUGCUUGGAGAUACUCUCACUCCUACACAAUUACUCUCAGCAUCAGUCAUCAUCGCAGGUCUUGCUAUGGUGAUCUACUCAAACAGAGUUGAUGAGAAAAUCUCUAAGACUGGUGAAGGUGGAAUACGAUUGGAUAGUUGCUAUGGACACCACAAAUCUAACGGAUCUUAGCAGCAAGUGCUUGACUUAUAGCAUGGCAAAUUGAUUCAUCUCCAUUCAGUUAUUCUCUAUUCAGGCAUUUCAUAUUAUUAUCGAUUCAUUCCA